AUGGAGAAGGAUCUGGAGUACUGGAAAGGCAAGAAGGAAUCAUCUACACCAGCCAGCUCCGAACCAAGAUAUUUUCCAGCAAAAAAAACGGUAUCAUUGCUGGCUCUCAUACAGCUUAUGCUUGCCACCAGCCACUUCAUUGAAUCAACUGUUGUACUUCAUCGCAAUUUCCAUGAUUUUUAUGAUCAUGAAAGUCGGUGA